UCAUCUGCUGUGUGAUCCCAGUAAAAAAUCGUCCCACUAGGUACUCGGCGGCAUCAAACGUGCGAGACCGACUCUCGGCUUGUUUCCCCCUACACCGUUCUCCGCUCGCGCAAUGUGUUCCUGAAGAAGGCGUAAAGUGUUAAAUGUUUGAAACACAAAACCACCGUGUUUCACAUGCUGAAAGAGGACUCCGCUACUCGUGCGCGCGGCACUGCUGCGUCUGUGCAAUAGACUCCGCAAAGAAAAAACUCCUCUCGCACGCCUGCAACUCCGUGGCUGCGCAGAAAGGACGCUGCGAAACCUCGUUUUUUCAAGUUUCAAGACAAACGCUUAAAAAAUCAAACUGGCUCACGUCUUUCCCAACCAGCCCAGUUUGACAGCUGCUCUUCACCCCGCUUGGAGGACUGUCAGCAGCAGCAAGAGGAUGGCAUCAGAGCUGGCAAUGAGCAACUCCGACCUGCCCACCAGUCCCUUGGCCAUGGAAUAUGUUAAUGACUUCGAUCUGAUGAAGUUUGAAGUGAAAAAGGAGCCGGUGGAGCCCGAUCGCAACAUCAGCCAGUGCAGUCGCCUUAUCGCCGGGGGAUCCUUGUCUUCCACCCCGAUGAGCACGCCUUGCAGCUCGGUGCCCCCUUCCCCAAGCUUCUCGGCGCCCAGUCCGGGCUCGGGGAGCGAGCAGAAGACACACAUAGAGGAUUUCUACUGGAUGUCCGGUUAUCAACAGCAGUUGAAUCCAGAGGCGCUGGGCUUCAGCCCCGAAGACGCUGUCGAGGCGCUCAUCAACAGCAGUCACCAGCUCCAGUCCUUCGAUGGCUACGCUAGGGGCCAGCAGUUUACUGGCGCGGCCGGGACAGGAGGUUCCAUGGCCGGGGAAGAGAUGGGCUCCGCCGCAGCCGUGGUGUCAGCUGUGAUCGCUGCGGCAGCUGCCCAGAACGGGGCGCAACACCACCACCACCAUCACCACCACCACAACGGUAGUCACCACCAGGCACCCGGCGUUCAGUCCAACGGCACUUCUGGGACGAAUCACCCUCACAUGCGCCUGGACGAUCGGUUCUCAGACGAGCAGCUGGUGACCAUGUCGGUGCGGGAGCUCAACCGGCAGCUGCGGGGGGUCAGCAAGGAAGAGGUGAUCCGACUGAAGCAGAAGAGGAGGACCCUAAAGAACAGAGGCUACGCUCAGUCAUGCCGGUUCAAGCGGGUUCAGCAGCGGCACGUCCUGGAGGGGGAGAAAACGCAACUCAUGCAGCAGGUCGAGCACCUAAAGCAAGAAAUCUCCAGGCUGGUCCGGGAGAGGGACGCGUACAAGGAAAAGUAUGAGAAGCUCAUCAGCAACGGCUUCAGAGAAAAUGGAUCCAGCAGUGACAACAACCCUUCAUCCCCGGAGUUUUUCAUGUCGUCAAGAAAAUUCCUCCAUCUGUGAUUUCACGCCCCUUCUUCUUUGCCCUGGGUUCUUUGAGAUAACACAACAAGGAUUAUGAUGGCAUCCAAGUGGCUGACCAGUUGCACCAAGAAACCUACAAAGCACAAAGUUGAUAAUGAAGAACUUCAAAGAAGACCAACUAGAUUCUCUCAAAACCCCCACAUUGAAGAUCUUGAAAGUGGCAUUUUCUCUGAAUUCCCUCCUUGAUAUUUUACCUGCAGCUUUUUGUACAAAACAAGACAAAAGAAAAAAAAAUAAGAGACUCAUAAUCAUGAGAUGAUUGAGAACACCAGAUAAAUACUUUCAAAAGACUAUUUUCUUUUGAGUGCGAAGAUCAAUGAUGCAUGCUACUGUAAAUAAAUCAUGAAAACAACCUUUUUCCUGAAACAGGCAGCAUACUCAGUUGUUGUCACCAAAUUCAUAAACCUUAUUACUGUGGAGUGAGUGCUCAUGAAUUGAUUUACCUCACAAAACCUGAAUACAUUUUAUGAGUCAAAAGCCCAUGAAAUGUUCAUUUUAAGUAUAAUUUUAUUAUCUUUGGUAUCAUUAUUUGAUAUGUAAAAGUAUCGCUCCUAUUUUUAUUUUUUAAGCAACAGCCUAGUCUUCCUAUCUAAUAUCCACAUUAGUAUAUGUAAAUAGAAAUGAGUGAAAGCAGCAGCAUGGACAAGACUAUAGUUUGCAUUCCCCAAAUUGGUAAGCCAUUCAGUAUCUCAGUAUUUUAUAAUAGAAAUUUUUUUCAUUGUAUUUGAGUAGAUGCAUAAAGGUAUUAAUUAUAGGUCUCUAACACCAGAAAUACAUUUGGUUUUGUCUCUAUCUUGAAAUGGGGAAAGACAAGGUGAAUGGGAAAUACCAUCAAUCCACUGGCCUGACAAAACCACAAUGUUCAGCAUUUCAUAUAUGAUUUAAUGUUAGUAUUGGACAUUUUCUCCUUGUAUGUAAUUUGUGUACUUCCAAUGCAAUAACUGUGCCCUCCUUCUAAAUGCCCAUAACUGCUGUAAGCAAAGCUGCUGUCUUAUUGGGACACAUUUUUCUUUGCACGGUUCCAAACUGUGCUCUAUACCUGAGCCUACACAUGGGGAAGCAAAACGGAAUUCCUGCAAUGUGGACAUGAGGAGUUUUCCUCCGUCUUCCAUGAACUUCGAUGAUAACCAAAUGCACUGACAGAUGAAACACCUAGCCAACGAACAGAUGACCUCAAUGAUUAGUCCCUCACUGGUGAAGGCAGAUAACAUUUGCAUGGACAACAGAGGAAAGCUAUUGUACCUUUUUGGACAGCAAUUCUCCGCCACCGCGCAUCCUCUCUACCUCUUAAGAAAUUCAUGUCCAUCCGGUGACUCCCUCUGUUAUCCCCACAGUCCACAAUUUUGCUGCAUGAAAAAAAAAUGACAGCCUCGUGAAGGAAAUUCAGCACCGAUUCCUGUAUAGCAAUGGAGAAAACAUCAAAUAUUCACUUAAAAACUAAUACACUCAUUGCUUGUUGCUGUAUAUAUGUACACUAGGAUGAGUCUGUGUAGUCUCAGAUGCUGUACUCUGCAUGUUAACUUGUAGAUGGAACAUAACAACUACUCAUAGUUGAGUACAUGCACAUAGUCAAUCAGUUGACUGACUGAACCAAUGUACACUCUUUCUUAAUUUUCUAUCCCCUUUUUUCGGUUUCUGAAAAUGUACAGUAGUGUACAAGAAACAAUUUUUUUGUUCCCCCCACACUAACCUGCAGAGCUGAUAAAUCUAAACACAUUAAAGGAAAGCACACCCUCCCUUCUAAUGUCAGGCUGAAACUUGGCCAUGGCAAGCAUGAGGAGGAGAACAGAAAGGGGAGGCAGACUGGGGUGCUCCAGUUAAGUGGCAGCAAACAAAGUGGCAUGCGGCGUCCUGCCAACAACUGUCUAUUCAUCUUGUGUCAAAAGGAUUUGCACAUUUCAAUGAGUCUACACACUGACAGAGAGGUCCAAGAGGAGAGAGUAAGAGGAAAGGCAGGGCUUUAGAGAAAGGAUAGGGAGGAAAAGAAUUAAAUUUACUUAGACAACGUUGAAGAAUUUUAGCGGUCCAAACAACUACAUGAUCAUUUUUUUCUGACCUCCUUGGAGAGCUCAACAACCCCAUGACCUCAAACUGUUACACCAUAAUGUAGAUCUCUGGGCUGCUAUGACCUCACGUCCUGUCUGAGGUUAACUUUCUGUUAAUGAGCAGACCCCUUAGCUCAACCAGAUGUUCAGCCUUGUGGUCAAAUACCUGUUACCCUCUGUUGUUUUCUUUUUUAAAACCCUGACAGCUGCAUUUGCUUAAACAUCUAGAAAUAGUGACAGAACUUCCCCAAGUAAAAACAAAAAUUACUAAAGAAAAUAUAAACUCUUAAGACUCUUGAGAUCAAGAGUGUUUCUUUUCAGACAGAAUAUGAUACAGGUAUGACUUUAAUUCCUGCGCAUUAAUUCAGAACACACUCUAACUCACAGAUGUUUCUUAAGCAGAAAAUGUGGUUAGAUGUGACGUUAUGUCCUACUGUUGUGAUCAUGAAGGUACACAGUUUUAGUCAAAUUUUGCACAUUGAAUUACAGGAAGUAUUUACAGUCAACUGGUAAACAAAUUUGUGCUUAUGUCUUAGCAGUGAUUAGUUAAAGAAGAUUUAAAACACAAAAAGGAUGAACAUGUCAGUCAAACAGGAAACAGUGAGAAGAAACAAGACACUGAGUGAGUCUCUUAGACUCAAGCCUUCCACUUUUUUAGACAUUAAACAAAGUCCCAUUUCUUUUAAUAUAUGCCAGUAUGUGACAGGAUAAGAUGUGUUUUCUAAUACAUUUGGAUGAAGUGCGUCACGCUUACAUGGAUAAUACAUGGUUGGACACCUCCACAUGUAGAUCUGGGUGCACACAAAUACACAGUGAAUAUUUCCCUGGUCUUUGGGUUACACAAUCUCAUAUACACAUGUUCAAACCAUGUUAAUCAAAACAGCAAGACUAUAUGUAAACAGAUCGCCUACAUAAUGGGAUUGUUCAGUGUGUAAACAAUAGGCUGUUAGCGUAAUCACAGGUCAAAGAUAUAUUACCCAGAGAGCUAUGCUGUAUGUGUAUUAUCAUGAUGGAUAUUGUAGGAGGGAGGAGGGGUGCAAGGGUACUACGAUAUUGAGCCUUACUGAUUCCGAUUUACCCCCCAUUGGGCCCCAUCCGCUGCCUUCUCUCGUCUGCUGCCUUAUUCAAGCCUCACUUAAUCAGCCUCCCGUUUUUUCUUUGUAUUCUUUCCCCCUAUUUCUUAGAAACUUGGCUCCCCUUUUUCUCAGCCACCAUUUUUUUUUAUAAUACCUCAUUUCUGUCCUUAUCAACUAUACCCUUUAUCCUUUCAUCUCUUUUUCAUCGCCCUCUUUUCCAGGACAGAUAUAAUCGGCUUCAGCAAAGUCAUCAAUCCCUCUCUUUAGUCAGUGGGGUACCAGGAUAAAGAAGCCCCUGCAAUCUUGUUUUUUUCUGAUUAAGCUAACAGAAGCCUGAGGGAUAUUGACCUUUUUAACUUGCUACACCCAUGUCUCAAAGAUAAACAAGCGCAAGAAGCAGAAAGAUAUUUUGUUGUUCCAUACUUGAUGAUUAGGAAUUAUUUUUACAGGCAGCUACUCUUUAAGCUCAGUGCUGAUUAACUCAUCUCCACUUUACUUGACUACCAUUUUCCUCAUAUAUUUGGGUAAAUAAGGCCAUUCUGUGUGAUUAUCUCUGAACUGUUUAACCUAUGUGCACUUUAUGUUUCUGUGCACCUUGAGGUAGACACAACGGGCCAACAUAUAGAGUACACCUGGAGGCAUGAAUACUAGAGCAGAACAUCACAAAUCUAGUCAAGGCUAUUUAUGCUUUCUGUUCAGUCAGGAAUCAGAAAGUCCAAGGUCCAGGUCAGAUAUAAAACAAAAAUGUUCCUUGAAGUUGCAGCUUGAACUGUGAAGUCAAAGUUUGCACAUUAGCUCCCAGUAUAUAAUCUGUUGUGGCUGGGGAGAAUAUAUAAUUUAGUAAAAUUUGUAAGUAAUGAAUAUUUUUUAUCUCAAUAAACCAGUGGCACGCCUAUUACCACAUACCUUUGUUGGUGUAGUGUAUAAAAAAAUGAAAAAGGAAAAAAAAAUAAUAAUAAAAGAAAUAUCUGUCAUAAAUGCUAAUUUGAGUUAGCGGCAAAAUGCUUUCUGCCUUGCAAAUAGAAUGUGUCCAACUCAGGUGUAAUGUAACUCCUACAAACUUAAGACAGCUUAUGUUCCACAAUGCAUAGACCUAACCAGUUCAAUGGCAGUUGUUUACGCGACAGCAGUGUAAUACUAAUCUUGAAUAAUCCGUUUAUAACAUAAUUUUUAACAACAUCCGCCACUUAAUACUGCUUGGCCACAGUGAGGUAGUGGGAGGGGAGUCAAAGGUGAAAGGAUUACACAGAGCAACAACCCAUGUCAACCGCUUUUGUUUAAUCCUGACCAAUAGACUGAAGUAAAACUUCUGAUAAAUGAUUCACAUAAACAAUCUCUAAACAACCCAGGCACCUCCAACUGUGUGAGCUGUAACUCAUUUAGCUGUUUAUGGAAAAAAGCAAAAAAAAAGAGCUUGAGUGAUAGAUCGUGAUGCAGAGAUACUAUGGGUUAGAGCUGCUUUAUUAGACAGGCCAAGAGAAAGAGAGAGAAGGCCUCCUUAUGUCACAGAGCUAAUAACAGGAAUGAAUAAUAGACAUUGUAAAGCCCUUACUCCCUCCUUAUUCUGCCCCAUGCAUAAGCUUGAGCUAUAUGUGGGCAGAGAGCCACCAAGUCCUUCGCAAAAAUGAGAUGGGCUCCCAAGAAGAUUGGGAGGUGAAGGUGGGGGUGGAGAGAAUCGGAUUAACCAAAAUGCCUCAAUUGUAGGAAAUGCUUGGGGCUGACCUUAGUGUAAUGCCACUGACAAAUGCUGUAAACUAAAUCCUUAGUUUCUGAUUAGGCAAUCAUGGAAACCAGAAUUAACUGUGGUGAAAUUGCUCAAAUCUGGACGUAUGUUUUAUACGCAAAUGUUUAUGAAAGACUUGGGAUUUAUGCUUAAUACCCUUAUUGCCUCUGGAGAAACAAAUGAACAGUAGAGCAAUAAAUUGCCAGAAGCUGUCAAAAGGUACCGUUUCAGUCAGCACAGUCUAACUGUGCAGUCUGGCUUCUGACAGGUUUAUUUAGUCUUCAGCACCUGAGCCAGAAAGCAGAGAGCAAAUUGUUGGCACAAAAAGUAGCUUAACUAGAUUCCAAUCUGCCUUCUUUGAGAAACAAUUGAUGUAGCUAAUGCACAUGAAAAACAAGGAGCAGGUUUUUGGUCUGUGUUUACUUUACUUGAGGACCAAACACAAAGGGCCUGGAAGAAAGGUAACAGACUAGAUUUAAUUUUAAUAUUUUCCUGCUAUCUGAACCCGAUCAGAUGGCAUGACUAUUGAAAUGAUGUUUCAGCUUGUCUUCAAUGUGUAAAAUACAGAUUAAAGGGGCUCAACUGCUUCUUUAAUGGAGGCAUGCUGUUCUCCCUGCUGUGAUCAGGGUGCAAUCCUUCAGCUUUUAAAGAAGUGAAAAGUUUGUGGUGUCCAGAAAGUUACAAACAUGUCCCUUCUGGCCCCCCUACAGAGCGGAGAGUGGUAGAUAGCAGGGGAUAACCAUAUGUCUUCCAACUGUGUUUCAAAGCUCCCAUCUUUUGCUAGCUAAAUUGUAUGAUAUCAUCAUAUACACCUGGCAAAAAAUAGAGAGAUACUGUUACGCAUCUCAAUGUGCAAAGUAAAAGGUAAUGUUUUCAAAACUUAGGUUUCUUUAAAUAGCAAAGGGAUGUAACUUUACUUACUUUAUGUUGAUCAGUCAACUCAUCACUUUGUUGUUACAUCCUUUUAAAAUACUGCUGCUGGUGAACAAUUAAAAGUUUAUGAUAUCCCACCACUACGAGCCCCUUUGCUGUUGCUUGGGGUUAAUUUGUGCUCACCCCUCAUUUCAAUUGUUCUGUGGUAAAUGUCCACAUUAUUUCCCACAUGUGCCUGAAUGAGGGGUUUGAUUAUCAAAAGGUAGACCUUAUGGGUAGCUGUUAUAUUAUCAAAGGGGUUGUAAGCUGCAGUAACAGAUUCUGGGGUCUUAUUGCUAUGGCAAUCAGCCCCUUGCCACUUGGCCUUUCCUGACCCCAGUCAGAGAUAAGCUUUAUGGGAAAGCACAUUAACAUACUCUGGCAGUCACCUCACUCCUUGAUAAAAGUCAGUCCUGUGAAAUCAAGUGUUUAUGGACCCCUAGUGAGAGGACAGUGCUGCUGAUUGCCCAUAUUAGAGGUUGACUGUAAAUGAGCUGGAGAUGGACAAAGGACUCGUAGCAGUGGGGAAAACUGAGGACGGGAUACUGAUGUUCUUGCUAAAUGAGCAAUAAUUUUAAUGACCUCAGUGUCCCAUGAGCAGGAUACUCUUCCCUAAAAAUACUGUCAUUAGAAUCGCUAGAUGGGAAUUUUUUAUUUUUUAUACACUUUAUGUUCCAAAAAAUAUUUCAUUCAUUCUUUUGGAUAAAAACAAAACUUUUUCUUUAGCUAAUAUGAAACAGGCAUAUACUGACACUUUGGAGCCAAUGUAUUUUAUUGCAAUUUCAAAAGAAAUAAUUUUAUUUUGCCAUUGUCUUUCUUCUAUUAAGAUACACUGACGCUAAAAUAUCCUUUAGAUGUUUUUUAUUAUUAUUAUUAUUAUUAUUAUUAUUAUUAUUAUUAUUAUUAUUAUUAUUAUUAUUAUUAUUAUUAUUAAUUUACAUUUUUACUCUAUUUUAAUACAGGCAUUUUACUGUGGCUACUAAAAAGGCAUAGCAUUUAAGAAAAGAAAAAAAACAAAACAAUGCUAGCUGCUGUGAGUGCCUGCUUACAGCCUGAUCACUUGUGUAAAAUCCUCUCAGCGUGUCUACAAUGAUGGAUGGUGAUAGCCCUGUGUCUUUGUACACAACAGGGGGGACCUACUGUUGUCACCGGACAGAUACAGGGAGUUGCAAAGAGAAAGAUGUAACCACAGCUUAAUGUCCUUCUCUGGUGCUGUGCAUGCUCUUUCCUAUUUGCUUUUCCCUUCACGGCGCGGUUAACAUCGUAAAUUAACCUUUCCAAGCCCCCUGUGCUUACAGGCUGGUGCACAAUACAAAGGGGAAAAAAAAUAGAUCUUUGUUAUGCAAUGCGGAUGGUGCUGGUCAGAGACACAGCCUGUUACAGUGUUCAGUUAUUCCUUUUUUCAGUGAUGGGGAUAAAACAAUAUACGUUGUUCAGUCAAGCAUACUUUAUGUGCAUGUCCUGUGUACUCUGCAAAUCCAUACGAGGCUGGUUUCUGUUCUCCAUCUUGGAAAUGUAAAUGAAACUCAUGAAACAAAAUGUACUCUAGGUCCUUCUUUUCUUAGGUCAAUUUUGUAAAUAAAAUGUAAAUAACAAACAGCUAUGCAUGCUAAUAUACACGCAAUUUGUUCAGGUACUUUUGUAAUCCAGACUGCUCAUAUGGCAUGUAAUAAUGACAAAGCAAAAGUGGAAACAGCAUAAUAAAUUGUGAACAAUAUGGUUUGUAAUGAUGUCAAAAAGGGAAAAAUACGUCUUAGCUGGUAAUGUUUUCUUACUGAUAAGUAUUGCAUUGGCCUGCCAUUUACUCCAGUGCUGUGCUCAUGUUACUUUAUUUUUUAUUUUUUUUAUUUUUUUCCAAGAGGUGAGGUAAGGGCAAAUAUGAUAAUAAAUUACCACUCUGUGGAAUAGUGUGAUUAGCAAUCAAAAUGAGGACAAGGCUGGUGUACUGGCUGUUUUGUGUUUAAUUCUUGAUUGCCACUGCAUGCUGACAUGCAUACUCCUAUUAAUAGCUGAGUAUGAAACACAACAAAUAAAUUUUUUCAAAACUGAGCUGCCAUUGGAGUUGUGUCAGCAGAAAAGAAGGCAUAUCACCAGCUAUAUCAAGUGUAGUUUUGAAAGGAUACGCUUCUGGAAAUAAAUGCAACUUACAUGAAUAGAACAAUUAUUUUUGCUGCUUCCAAUUUUUUCAAUAAUUACUAACAUGGAAAGAGUACUCAAGUAAAUUAUGUUUUGUUUUUUUUUCAUUUUGGAAUUUGUUUCUGCUUUUGUAAAACAAUGUUUAGUUAAAAAAAAAAAAAAAAAAGAAGAUGUAUAUCCAAAAUUUCUGUUUGCCCUAGAAGCUCUAUUGUGACAUUGCAUGUAGGGAGCAAUGGCGAAAACCCGAUUUUUUUGCGGGGGGUGGGUGGUUGGGGUGGUUUUUAAGAGUGUUUAUUGUAAGCCAUUUUAGAACCAUGUUAAAUCCCAAGGCACCCAUGGUAGAUGGAAGUAUCUAAUUUCUAACCUGUGCUAAAGAUAUUUUAAAUUUAAUAAAUAAGUAUUGUAACAAGAAAA